GAGAGAGAUAGACACAGGGAGGAACAUGCCUCAGAGCAGUUGCUUGUUUAGAGAGUACCUCAUCGACAAAGCUCUACAUAAUACAGCAAGAACAAAUGCUCAAGGAUCUGACACUAUCAAAAGGAUACCACUUUGCCCUUUAUUACAACCUGAAGUCAUUGGUACUUCCCAAUGCACACCCUUUCUGGAACAAGGGUCAUUCCCCACAGAUAGUUCAAGUAUAAUGCUACCCGAAUCGUCUAACUCUAGUUCCUCAAAGACACAACUCACCAUUUUCUACCAAGGGAUGGUUUAUGUGUAUGACAAUGUUCCUGCUGAUAAGGCCCAAGAAAUUAUACUUCUUGCUGGAGAAAGCUCUUUGUUGAAUUCAGUUACCACGGAAACACCGGACAUGCAUGUAACAACACCAUCUGUUCCUAAUUCCAGUUUAUUAUCCAUUUGCAAGCUUCAAGGAGGCAUUGACAUUGCAAGAAAGUAUUCUCUUAAGCGGUUCCUUGAGAAACGUCGGCAAAGGUUCAUAAACAAGUCUACUUGUGGCUUUCCCAUUAUACAGCAAGAGAAUGGCAACCCAACAUCCGAUGAUUGCAUGGUUGACAAUGAAACCUUUUCUGCAGCAACUUCCCUUCACAUUUAGAAUGCCUUCUCUCCCUCUUUCACCUGAUCAAAUUGGUUCAUUAGAUUGUUCCUCUGCUUUGGUUGGUUUAGGUCAUUCGUGUUUUAGGAUUA